AUGUCGGGCCAGUCGAUCACCGACCGCAUCGCGGCCGCCCAGCACAGUGUCACCGGGUCAGCCAUCUCCAAAGCCGUCUGCAAGGCGACGACCCACGAAGUCAUGGGGCCGAAGAAGAAGCACCUGGACUAUCUAAUCCAGUGCACAAAUGAGAUGAAUGUGAAUAUUCCACAGCUGGCAGACACACUUUUUGAGAGGACUGUUAACAGUAGCUGGGUUGUAGUGUUCAAAGCUCUAAUUACAACACACCACCUCAUGAUGUAUGGAAAUGAGCGCUUUAUCCAGUAUCUUGCAUCCCGAAAUACAUUGUUCAAUCUAAACAACUACCUGGACAAAAGUGCCAUGCAGGGUUAUGAUAUGUCUACCUUCAUUAGGCGAUAUAGCAAAUACUUGAAUGAAAAAGCACUUUCUUACAGACUUUUAGCAGUUGACUUCACCAAAAUGAAAAGAGGGAUAGAUGGAGUGAUGAGAACUAUGAAUACUGAAAAGCUUCUGAAAACCCUUCCAAUUAUUCAGAACCAGCUUGAUGCGCUCCUUGAUUUUGAUGCAAAUCCAAAUGAAUUAACCAAUGGUGUAAUAAAUGCUGCCUUCAUGCUUCUCUUUAAAGAUUCCAUUAGGCUUUUUGCAGCCUAUAAUGAAGGGAUUAUUAACCUGUUAGAAAAGUAUUUUGAUAUGAAGAAGAACCAGUGCAAAGAAGGUUUGGAUAUUUACAAAAAGUUCCUAGCCAGAAUGACCAAAUUGUCAGAAUUCCUCAAAGUAGCAGAGCAAGUUGGAAUUGAUCAGGGUGACAUUCCAGAUCUUACUCAGGCACCCAGCAGCUUGCUUGAAGCAUUGGAACAGCAUUUGGCUUCUCUAGAGGGGAAAAAAACAAAAGAAGUCUCAGCUGCUAGCAGAGCGAGCACCCUAUCCAGUGCUGUUUCCACACUUGCCAACACAGGAAUGUCAUUUAGCAAAAUGGAUGAGAAAGAGAAACAGCAAGCUUUGGAGGAAGAACAAGCUAGACUGCAAGCACUUAAGGAGCAGCGGUUAAAAGAGAUUUCUGUGGUAUCAAAUUCCACUUCUACAUCAGCAUCUCCAAGCACCUUAUCAGGGAAAAGUGUGAAUACCACUACAGCUGUUGACCUCUUCGCAGCACCAGCACCUACAACCAGUAGCAUGCCUAACCUUUCCAGUGAUCUCUUUGAUCUUCAACCUGCAUUUGUUCCAACUGUACAGAGUACUCCAGCUAUAGCAACAUCAGCAAGCAAUGCGUGGGGGGGAGGUCCUUUCUCGUCCUCAAAUGGUUGUGUUGGUUCUCCAUCCCAUCUGGACAUCUUUGACAUGAAGCCAGUUGAAGAAGCUGUAAAAUCUACUAUCCCUUUCGUCUCUUCCACCUUUACCUCCAAACAAACAGUGGAACAGUUUAGUGGAUUUCCUCUUCAUUCAGCUCCUCAGAGCACCACCUCUUCCAUAAUUAAUGUGGAUUUUGAUGCUGUCUUUGGAGGAAAGUCAACGGCACAUGAGUACAAGACCAUAAAUGAGGAUGUAUUACAACCAACAGUACCAACACAAUGUCAGAGAACCGUUCUAAUCAAUCAGCAGAGUGGAAAAAUUUUAGCAAAUGACCUCGAUUCAUCACUUGCGAACUUAGUAGGAAAUCUUGGCUUUGGAGGAACCCCUUCCAAAAAGUCAGACAUGCAGUGGAAUCAGCCAACAGAGAAGAAACUUACUGGCGGAACAAACUGGCAGGCAAAAACAAGCACAUCAACUACAUGGAAUACUGCCCCCAUUCCUCCUGCUCCACAUAUGAAUGGAGUACAUUAUCCUGGAUAUGUACCUGCUCCAAUGACCUACCCAGUGACCACACCUCAAGUGCCUGUGUAUGGAAUGGUACCGCCUCAGAUUGGUGCUGCUCCUUUAAUGGCACCCCAGCCAAUGAUUUAUACACAGCCAGGUCUCAGGCCAACGAAUCCCUUUGCGCCAGUCCCUGGAACACAGAUACAGUUUAUGUAGAGCAGCCAAAGCAGCGAGAUACAUUGAUGACCAAAUACUGGUAAAAAGAAGAGAUUGAAAAUUCAGUGUUCUCACAGUGCAGUCUUCAGCAGGGCAUCCACUUACUACUCCCUGUGUAACAUAAAAUUACUUUGAAUUGCAAUGCUUUAGAGAUUCUUGUUUAUAACAGUCACUAUGGUAUGGAAUCAUGUUUGUUCAUUGGUUUUAGACUGUAAGACUAGCUUCAGUAGAAAACCAAAAUCUUUGAAGCUAAAGGUCAGUUUAGAAGAUGAGAAGAAUCUGACUUUUAAGGACCUGUACCUUCUGAAGAGGGGCUUAUUUACAUAAUUGCUUUGCAACUUUAUUCAUCAACAGAUGGCCUGUAGAAAGUUGACUGAGGACAUGAUAUUUCUAUUUAUUUUAUUUUCUCCCUGAACUGUGUGGCUGUUGUAAUCAAGGCACAACUCAAAUGAAGUUGAGCAAUAAAACUUUCAUAUGCUCUAAUAAAGUACUCUGAUAGAGUAAUGCUUGUAUUAUCAUAUAAAGCCAAUAUUGUGUGAAAUCAGACAGCUUUCUCAUAUUAGAAUAGCUUCUUAUAAUUCACAAAUUUUAUACUGUGAGUUUUAAAUGCUGUGAAUCAACUAACUAUAUAUAAAAACGAUUAAUGGAAAACUGGUCCAUUGGCAUUAUGGCAGUGCGUUCUAUUGCCAACUGAGAGAUUCAGGCUUGAGAUCUGUCUCCAAGCAGGAGAAGAUAGUAGUACGUUACAGAAUAGCAUGUACAGCUUCCAAACAGAUAGUGAUAGCUGCACUUCCUUACAGUAUCUUUUGUGCAGAUAGCAGCGUCGUUCUUAGCUCUAGCAGGAGUUGCCUUUAUGUCACAGUAAAACUGCAGACACAUCCAGCAGCAGCAAAUUGGAGGGAUUAGUAAAUCUUGUUGCUGGCCACUAAAGAGGAGAAAUGUCCACAUUUGAGUAGUUCGGCAGUUUAAAAAAAAAAAAAAAAUCUUUUCGGACUGGAAAUUACAUUCAUGGUAUUGUCCAGCCUUUGACUAUAGCUUUUGCCACUUGUUCAACAACAAAUCCAGUCCUUACAAAUUACAAAAAAAGUAAUUAUUUUUAAAUAUGUAAAUAUAUGUGUAAACUUUGAAGUACAUUUCUUAAUGCUGCAGUAACUUUUUUAUUUUGUUGAAUUUUCAAAAUAGAAAUACUGUAUUGCUUAAGAAAUGUAUGUACAUUUCUUUUAUAAUAAAAAUCUUGCAAUCCA